AUGACCCGCCGUAGCGUUACUUCCGAAGAUGAAGACCCUCUGACUCUCGCCAUUGCACCUCCACCGAAUGAGACCCCUACGCAACGAGACCAAAGGCUUGCCGAAGAGAAAAAAGCGAAGGAAAUAUCAGAUAGCAUUGACGAGGAGAUAAAUGUACAACGUUUGGCCGAGAAGAAGGAAAAUCCUGUCAAAGUCUUGCUCCUAGGCAUGUUGUCGGAUGUUAUUUCAUGUCAAAGCGAAUCAGGGAAGACAACAACCUUGAAGAAUUUCCAACUGAUUAAUUCUCCGAAAGCGUUUAAAGCCGAACGAGCGUCAUGGCGCGCUGUUAUUCAAUUAAACGUUGCCCGCUCAAUCCGUAUCAUCAUCGACGCCAUGACCAGGGCACAACAAGCUUCCUCGCCAAAUUCACCACUUGCACCUGACUCAUUGGACGAUAUAUCUAUAUUGGAUUCUGAAAAUGAAUUACCGACACUGACGGCAGAACAUCUCAAACUGAAGAUGCGACUAUCUCCACUCUUGCAGGUCGAGGAAUCGUUAUGGCGAAGAUUAUCACCAUCUAGUGCUUUUGAAUCCGAAACUUCCCAUCUUGCAUCUAUCACCAAUGUUCCUCACUCCACACGGCCAAAGGAGGUUUAUGUUCAGUCUUCCAUGGCCUGGAAAUCCACAUUUUCGCGAUUACUUUCAACAUCGACAAGAAGCAGUGUCGAUAGCGAUCCAGGUAUCGAUUUCGACGACCCUAAGGACCCUGGGGUUAUUUUGAACAACUGCGCGGAGGACAUGAUCAAGCUAUGGCAUGAUCCUACUAUCAGAAAUCUCCUGAAUGUUCUCAGAAUUCGCCUUGAAGACACACCUGGAUUCUUUUUAGAUGACCUUGAACGAAUCACCGAGUUAAGAUAUGUCCCUUCCGAUGAUGAUAUUCUCAAAGCGCGAUUGAAGACCAUGGGCGUCUCGGAGCAUCGUUUUGUCUUGAAAACAGGAAAUAUGGUAAGCCGGGAUUGGAGAGUAUUCGACGUUGGAGGGGCUCGAUCCUUACGAGCCGCGUGGGCCCCUUUCUUCGAAUUCAUAGAUGCCAUUAUCUUUCUCGCGCCUCUUUCCUGUUUCGACCAAUCUUUAGUUGAAGAUCCUUCUGUGAACCGACUGGAGGAUUCUAUCCUUCUUUGGAGAUCCAUUGUCUCGAACCAACUACUUCAAAAGACCGAGUUGAUCCUAUUUCUCAACAAGUGUGAUAUUUUGGAAGCCAAGCUCGAGUCAGGCAUUCAGUUUUCAAAAUGGGUUAUCUCAUAUGGCGAUCGACCAAAUACGUUCGAAGGAACCUCGAAAUAUAUGAAAAAGAAGUUUGGCACAAUACACAAACACAACUCGCCCACCCCCAGAACGUUUUACUGCCACUUCACAUCUGUUACGAUACUCGAAAAUGGUAUUAACGCACUGAACCCUACGAAUAUUUCCACUGAUGCUUUUUUCUUCCAUUCAGUGAAAGAUCUCAUUGUCAGGAAAAGCCUUACCGACAGCCAUAUGCUUUAA